AUGAGUGAACGUAAAGUCUUGAAUAAAUAUUUCCCGCCAGAUUUCGAUCCUGCAGCUAUCCCAAGGAGGAAGCAAGCAAAGGAUGCACAACACAAGGUUCGUCUUAUGACACCAUAUGCCAUGCGUUGUGAAACAUGUGGCGAAUAUAUUUACAAGGGAAAAAAAUUCAACGCACGUAAAGAAACAGUAGAAGGCGAAUCCUACUAUUCCAUAAAAAUCUUCAGAUUCUACAUCAAAUGUCCUCGUUGUUCUGCCGAAAUCACAUUUAAAACGGAUCCCAAAAACACGGAUUAUGUAGCCGAGCAUGGUGCCUCUCGAAAUUUUGAACCGUGGCGUGAGGAGCGUAUCGCAGGCGAAGAAAAACAGUUGAAAAAGGAACAGGAGGAGGAAAAUAAUCCAAUGAAAGCGUUAGAGAAUCGUACGUUAGAUUCGAAACGGGAGAUGGAUAUUUUAGAUGCGUUGGAUGAGAUUCGAACGCGAAAUGCACGUAAUGAACGUGUUGAUGCUGAUGCUUUGUUGGAUCGGUUGAUUGAGAUAGAAGAUGAACAAGAGAAAACUCUUGAAGAAAUGAUUGAAGAUGAAGACGAUAAACUUACGAAAGCUGUUUUUCAAGACGCUAAUGGAUUGUCUGUUAGAAAAGCUAAUCUGGAUGAAGAACCAAAAGUCGAGGCGUUACUUUCAGAACAAGCAAAAAUGGUUUCAUUGCCCGAUUUCAGUACACCGAUUAUUAAAAAACGAAAAUUGCCAGAAGCUGAUUUAGGUGCUGGUUUAAUUAUUAAAAAGAAAGCGUCAUCUUCAUCAUCAAAAACUAUAACUACAGCAACAGCGACAACAUCUAAAUUCCCAAUGACCACAUCAUCCACAUCAAAAACUCCACUAAUAACCAUAGCAACGUCAAAAACUCCAAUAAUAAUAAAAAAAGAACAAAAAUCUGUUCCAGUAACAGCAACUUCAUCGACUUUAUUAUCAUUAGGAGAUUAUGGUUCCGAUAGUGAUGAUGAUAAUGAAUAA